UUUAAAAGAAUCGGCGCAUAAGUUUUGCUAAUUAUUUUAAAAACCUUUGCAAAGUAUUUUAUUUUAAAUACAAAACGUUUUAAAAAAAAUAUUAUGGGUGAUAUUCAAGAUAACUUUAUUUCUCCAACACCAAAUAAUAGUUCUGUAGAUAAAGAAACUAGUGAACUACAAUCUGAUAUUAUACAAGAUGAUAUGAUGACAACACCAAUAAGUCCAAAAGAACAAUCUGAAAUUAGUUCUGACGAUGUUUCAAGUACAAGCAAUGGUCAAGAGUCUCUGUCUGAUUCUUUAAUAGAUCAUCUUCCAAAAGCUCCUUGCACUGAAACAUUAAUAAAAAGCAAAGAUCAUGAAACUCAACACGAAUUCCUAGAUAAAACUAAAUCUUAUGAAAACGCUUUAGAAACUGAAAAACCAAAACAUAAAGAAUUAUGUUUAAAGAGUCCUCUUGGUUUAUGGAUAAAUGAAAAUAUGAAUGCUUCAAUUAUUAGAUUAAUUUACUGGUGUGAUAUACAGAGAAGUAUGCUUACAUUUGCUGGUGUUUUAUUUUUGCUUUUGUCGUUAUACUAUUACCCUGUCAUUCAAGUGGUUUCUGUAUUUGGACUGUCACUGUUAAUUGUUGCAUUUCUUUAUCGAAUUGGAAUGACUGUGGUUAAUGCAGUACAAAAAACAUCAACUGAACAUCCAUUCAAAAACCUUCUUGAAGAGAAGAUUGAGAUAUCAGAGCAAUCUGUUGCAAAAUGGUCAUCAAUAUUGUGCAGUUAUGGAAAUAAGACUAUUAAAACAUGUCAGCAUUUGUUUCUCAUAAAUGAUAUUUUUGAUUCACUAAAAUUUGGGUUAUUUUUAUGGCUUGUAUCUUACAUUGGUUCUUGUCUGAGUGUUUUAACUUUAACGAUAAUUGUUUUCAUCCUUCUUUUUACUGUUCCAAAGUUUUACGAAGAAAAGCAGAAUGAAGUUGAAACAAUUUAUAAAGUGAUUAUUGAUAAAGUUUUGCAAGUUUUAUUAAGAAUCGAAAGUAAAAUUCCAGAAAAAGUGAAAGCCUUAUUUUUGAAAGAGAAGAAGGAUUAAAUCAUA